ACGUGCAACGCUUAAUUUUAUUUACGUUUUUGUUAGUGUUUGCUCUGAUCCGAGCAUGGCUUGCAAAAGUCCAACUUCAAACGACAACAUAGUGAUUUUAGAUCAUAAGUCGAUCGUGGAUAUUAUAUAUUCUUCUAAGUUUUUCGAUCCGGGCAUAGAAAAGGCGCUGAUGAAAACUGAUUUGUUUUGCAUCGACGUUCCGUACGACCGGAAAGAACGGAACAGCGAUGAAACCACCGGCGAACCAAAAUCGAAAAAAAGAAAAAAGACGGAUCAAUUUAACGAAACAACACUCAAGGUGCAGAGGAAUUAUACCGAAUUUUAUCAAUUAGAGAAACGCCGUAAACCAGACACAGUACUUAAAAAUACAAAGGCACUCGAAUUGGUAGACAGCUUCACCGCAAAUGACAAUUAUAGUUCGGAUACAGUAUUUAAAGGUUCCAAUAACUCUCCUUUCACGGUAAUAUGCGAAUUUUUCAAUGAAUCGUUUAUCAUUCCUCCGAAAUGCCGAUUUUUCAACUCAAAUGUUAGUGAUAUGUGUAAUUUACUCAAUCCUGACGAUGAAAAGUUCGAUUUUAUUGUAAUGGAUCCUCCCUGGUGGAAUAAAUACAUUCGACGAACGAAAGCUGCCAAUCGUAAAGUUGGCUACCAGAUGAUGGAUAAUGAAAGUAUUAAAAGUAUACCAUUGGAGGAUUACAUUCACGACGACACAAUCGUUGUAAUUUGGUGUACGAACUCACCGACCCACGAAACUGCAAUCAAGGAAACAUUUCUCUGCAAGUGGAAACUUAAAUUGCUAACCACUUGGUUUUGGGUAAAAGUCACAAACAACGGUGAAACGAUCUGCGAGUUUAAAGAAAGCACUAAGAAGCAGCCUUUUGAAAAAAUUUUGAUUGCUACCUCGGCGCGUAACAGCAGAUGGAACUUUUCUAGCGAAAAAUUUAUCUACAGUGUUCCAUGUGCUCUUCAUUCCAACAAACCACCGUUAUUAGAUUUAUUUACCGAUUUGCUUCCGAAGCAGCCUAAAUGCCUGGAACUAUUCGCACGAAAUGUGUAUCCGAACUUUACAUCAAUUGGAAUAGAAGUAUUAAAAUUACAAAACGCAAGACUGUUCGAAAUAAUAAAAGUUCCACGGUGAAACGAAUAAAUAGUUCUCUAAAAAGUUCCUUAAUUCUAAACUGAUAGAAACUACUACUGACGCAUUAGUGGAAACCAUUCAUUUGUUCGCUUUUAUAGCCGUUUGGAUUCAUUUGCUGCCAU